AUGCAUCGGUUUAUGGACAGCCCCGUAGCGGUCCUCAAGGGUGCCGCCGAGAGAAAGGAUACACACCUCCGUGGCAGCUGGAUCUGGCGUUCAGCUGUAGCAUCCUUCCGGUGCCUCACUACCAUGCCACCCGAAGGAAGCACGAGGGCUGAGAUACUGCCAGGUUGCCCAAGCCUAGACAGGGGAAGUCGAGUGGCGGAGGUCGGAUUCGAACCACGGACCCUCCGGUCAGUAAAUUCGCGCUCUAACCACCUGGGCCAUUUCGCCCCAAUUGACCCAAAGAGCCAGACGGAUGUAGGGUCACGGAUAAUUUCCCUUUCGUUGGAGGACCGUCUUUCCGAUAGACACUUGGUAAAAUGGGUUCGUCAGACCCUCGCCAGUAUUGUAGUUCAUAGUAAGUCAGAAGAACCCGUCAGUACGGACACGAGUGUAUUGGGUAUACGCGGCCAAACUGGUCCGCUUUCGUGGCAGGUAAGCAAAGUAACUGAGUCACAUAUCCAGUCAACCCACAGCGCUCACGCGAGCCAACCAAUCGGACACACAUCCAAUCAGCCACUCAAGUCACAUGCCAGAUUGAUGGUAGAACGACGAACGGACACACACACGCGCGAACUCUCUGACACACCGAAGCAGCUACUACACUUGGGUUAUUGGAGGCGUCUAUGCUAG